AUCGCAGUUAUAGUUUUUACGUGUCCUUACUCUACACAAUCUUUUUAGAUAAUAAAAUAAUAUGUAAUGAAAGAAGGUAAUGGAUUUUGUAGAGCAGAAAAUUCUCUAUCAAAUGAGUCUAAGAAUCAAGUCUUAAAACCCCAGUUAAGUGCACGGAAAUACGUUGCAAAAAUGUGUCAUUAUUUCUGGGCUACCCGUUAUAGGAAAUGAUAUUUAUAGCCUAGGUACUUUUUAAUAGAAGAACAUCUAGAACACUUUUUAUCUUAAACUUGGAGAGACAAGUAGAUAUCAUUUUAUUACUGUAUAUUUCUUCAUUUAAAAUAAAUCUUUACAUGGAAGACGGGGGAAUAGAAAAAUGAACUCUAUUGUUUUUGUUAAUUAUAUUUUCUUUUUUGUCUCAAUGUUUUUUACAAUUUUCACUUAUUUCACGAGUUUUUUCUUAGCAAUAUCAAUACCUGUGAUCUAUUGAUAAAAUAUAGCGUAUCAAAUCACAAACCAUAUGUGACCUUGGGACGUGUUUGAUGUUGGUUAAGAGUACAAUUAUAUAAAAGAGAAUAUCUAUUAUUAUCUGUUUUUUUCAUACGUGAUUGUGUAUCACGUAAAAGUAAUUUGAUGUGGAAAUGUCAUUCUGAUUCAAUAAUCGUACACGUUUGUAUUUCGGAAUAUAACGUAUUCGUCAUGUAUAAGAUCCUAAUAAUUUUAUAUUUACUUACGAUCCAUUGUGCAUAUAAAUAUGUUUCAUCAUUUGAUAUAUUACAGGAAAAAUAUACGAACAUAAACCUACAAGGUAGUCAUUAAAUGAAGAAAAAUUAAUUAUUUAGAUAAUCAGAACUGUUUUUAGAUAAUCCACAUUCAGAUUCGUUACCAAAAUAUACAGAAACCAGCUAUACUAUUCAAAGAUCUGGAUAUAAUCAGAAGUAUUUCCUCUUUUUUUCUUAUUACAUAUGAAUACAUUUUUAUCUCUACUGAGCAACUCAAUUUUUGCUUUAACACAUCUGGAAUAUAUUUUAUCUAUCCAUAGGCACUAUUUUGGUUUUUUUUAUAGACUGUCAUUGUGCGAGUAAAUUGCCUUGUAGUGGAGAUGGUUGUAGUAAUUGUGUCUGUUCACCAGGGUUUUCGGGUCAAUACUGUAACAAAAAAUGUCCAGCAGGUAGUUUUGGAAUUCAUUGCACACAAUUGUGUCGAUGUAAUGAUCCUGAUUUAUGUAAUCCUGAGACUGGAGAAUGUCAAGGAUCUUGUAUGAAAGGAUGGUAUCAUCAUCAAUGUUCACGUUUUCAAUGUCAUGGAUUAGCAGCAGGCUUUUAUCCUGAUGUUACAUCGUGCUCUCGAUUUUAUUGGUGUCAAAAAGGAUCACAUUAUGGACUUCUGAUUACUUGUCCAAAGAAUCUUCAUUGGAUACCUGAAACUGGUAAUUGUACUGAACCUAAACGUGUAAAUUGUACAAUUGAAAAAACGUAUACAAAUGGAAGUGUUAGAGCAAACACAUUUCAUUCGUACUUGAAUCAACUUCGUCAAUCGUAUAAUUCAUCUAUUUGUAAACAAAAAAUAACUUUCAAUACUGAAUUAAUAGUUUCACCAUCUUGUGCAUCUACUUUACGCAAUAUUACAUUAUAUGAUUAUACAGCACGAUUACAUUAUGCAGUACAAAAUUUUGCUUGGCGAUCGCAUGAUACAUCGUACGAAUCAAUUUAUGAUUUUGUAAAAACAGCCGGCUUAGCGUUAUAUCGUCACGAUCCAAAUCAUUGUCACAUUUAUCAUGAAUGUGUCUAUAUAAGUGUUCGUAAUCAACCAGCCAAAGCUGAUUUUAGUCACACUACAUUGAAUUAUUGUGAUGGUUUAACAAUAUUUAAUCGACAAUGGUCAACAUGUGUGAAUGCUACGCAUGUCAGUUAUGGUUAUGGAUCAACAAUGGAUGAUCAUGAUAAACAAUUUCGAUGUAAUAAACAAGUAACAUCAGCAGCAUUCUAUAAUUUAGAACGUAACGAUUUAUAUAUUAGAGAAAAUGAUUAUUCAAGAAAUAUAAAUUGA